ACUGCCAGUCCGCCACACAGAGCUAAAAAAUCUUUCUGUCUGAUCUUCAACUUCAGAGCAGAGAAUGGUAGCGAAAAUGGCGCAUUUGAGCUUCUCUGUUUGCUCUCUAGUCCUCGUUCUCGCAGAGCUUUUCCACUUCCAUGGCGCCUCCGCCGCACGUACAUCGGCCAUCGGAUUCACGUACACUCCUUCGCCCGGCCUUCCAUCGCCUGAGCAGGUGGCCAACUAUCUUACUGCUCUCGACGUCUCCGCCGUCCGCAUUGUCGAUCCUACCCCGUCCGCCGUGCGUGCAUUCUCCUACACCAACAUUUCUCUGCUUCUCUCAGUCCCCAAUUAUUUAGUUCCUUCAUUCGCUAAAAAUCGCAGCUCCGCCGACCUUUGGCUCUACGAUCAUGUGCUUCCUUUCUACCCCCGUUCUCGAGUCUCCAUCAUCUCCGUCGGAGCUGACGUCAUCUCCUCCGCCUCUUCCGGAGUUUACGAUCCUUCCACCGCUAUUCUCCCGGCCAUACAGAAUCUCCACUCGGCUCUAAGAGAUUUCGGCAUCCGUUCGAUCUCCGUCUCCACCACCUUCUCCUUCACCAAUGUGGUCACCGAGACGUUCCCUCCCUCUUCUGGAGAGUUUCAGGAGCCGGCGAAUUCCGUUAUCAUGAGACCCUUGCUCCAGUUUCUGGAGGACACUAAUUCGUCGUUCCUCGUCAAUCUCUAUCCGUACACGGUCUACAAGCUCCACGCGGAGGUCACAGUCGGAUUAGCUUUGUUCAGAGAAGGAGCAUUCAAUUAUCGCGACGAUGUUAUCACAGGUGUCCGGUACAACAAUCUCUUUGACAUGAUGGUGGACGCCGUUGUUGCCGCAAUGGCUGUUGCAGGCCACGAGAGCAUUCCGAUAGUGGUGACAGAGACAGGGUGGCCGAGCUCUGAAUCCGGCAGCGGCAACCAACAAUCCAGUGCGGUGGCUGAUGCGAGUCAUCUAUAUGCUGAGAUGUACCUCAAGGGUUUGGUUUCUCACCUCAGAUCAGGAAUGGGGACUCCGUUGCGGCAAGAAGGUGUUUCUCAAACUUUCAUCUAUCAACUGUUUGAUGAAAUGUAUGACAAGGGAAAUGGGAGCAGGGAAGGACAACACUGGGGAGUUGUAUUCCCAAACAUGACGCUCAAGUAUGACGUCCAAUUCUCAGGUUCAUGGAGGCUCAGAUAUCAUAAAAUCUGUGAGAUUUUCAUCACCUUCCAUUUUGGUCUUAGCCUGACUAUCUUUGCCCUGUUAUUCCUCCAUUUGCAGUGAGAUCUUUUAGGAGUUUGGUGUUUGAAAAAUGACCAUAGAGUAUAUACAAGGACUAUUGUCUAGAUAGAGCUUAAUUCUCAUUCAACAUCGUGUAAAGUGCAGAAACUGAAAUUGGAUGUAUAUUUCCAACUGCAAAAAUAGAACUCAAAUUAUAGUGUUUUCACCUAAACAUGAAGCUCAUAUAGUCAUAUUAUAGCAGCAAUGUCAAUAUGAAUAGCCA